GCUCAGCAGAGAGCACUCAGGGCUCCUGGAGCAUCAGGCGAGUCCACCCCCUUGGCCGAGACAGACAGCGCAGGUGCGGCAGGAGGGAGCCGCUGAUUUACAUCCUAUAGGUGGGGGGAAAACCCAGGAAGUACAGCCGGGCACUAACCAAAUCUGGGCUAAGAAUAAACGUCCUGAGUAAUGAGUGGCCUAGGCCGGAGAAGGCAAGGUGGCCGCAGCCUGGCGGGCCAGGAGGAGUCGACCCCACAGGGCCCGCGGCGGGGGGUGGCCAUGGAGCCCUGCCCCGAAGAGCUGUACUGGGACUCACUGCUGAACACCUGCGUCUCCUGCAAACCCACCUGCAGCAGCCAGAUUCCGCGCACCUGUGCGGCCUUCUGCAAGUCCCUCAGUUGCCGCCAAGAGCAAGGCAGGUACUAUGACCUGCUCCUGAGGGACUGCGUCAGCUGUGCCUCCAUCUGCGGACGUCACCCCAAGCAGUGCACACACUACUGUGAGAACACGCUGAGGAGCCAAGUGAGCCUUCUACCAGAAGUCAGGAGACAGCGGGCCGGAGAGGCCCUAACCCGAGCGGACAGCCUGGGGAGGUACCAGGUGCCAGAGCACAGAGGCUUGGAUGCGGUUCCAGCGCCUGCAGGGCUGAAGCUGAGUGCUGACCAACUGGCCCUGGUCUACAGCACGCUGGGCCUAUGUCUCUGUGCCAUCGUCUGCUGCUUCCUGCUGGCCGUGGCCUGCUUCCUCAAGAGGAGGGGGGUCCAGGUCUCCUUCCCGACGCGCCCAGGGCCGUGUCCCACGCAGGCCAAGACCUCCAAGGAUCACUGGAUGGAAGCCGGCUGCGUGGCAGGGGCGCCGCCCGAGCCGGUGGAGACGUGUAGCUUCUGCUUCCCGGAGUGCAGGGUGCCCACCCAGGAAAGCGCAGGCGCGCCCCCGACACCCAGGUCCGAGCGCACAGAGAGGAGGGCGCGCCCCGGCCAGAGCGCAGCCGGACAGCCCUGCGUGCACGCUGCGAACGGCGGGAUCGAAGCGGUGUACACGCCCGCGCAGGAAGGAGGCCUGGCCACGUGAACCGGGGAAUGGUCACCGUCACUUCAACGCACCUGCAGUAAAGGCACCGCCCCUGCUGGACUCAGCCCCGGGGCCCCUUCGCGGAAAUAAAACCUCCCACACUGGCCGCUCCUCACUGUCCUGGUUUGGGUCGUGUCUCCCUGUGGUGACCACCCAGUUUCACGGCUCCUGCUGCCCCUGGGUUCCAAGCCUGGUCUCCGCGGAUCUGAGAUCACAUGUGGACGGAGGUGGCGGGCUCUGCACGUGGCCGACACAUGGUGCACUAGGGCUGUGCCAGCCUGUAUUGAUCUCACAAAACCCAUUCCCUUCCGUGUCUCCUCGGGAAGGUGUGAAGCAGCGUGUCUCUGUGUGCCCUGUACAUGUGUAUGUGCAGCGCUGUCCCCACCAGUCAGGGGCGUGGGGUGGACAGAAGGGCAGGCAGGCUGAGCCCAGGCAUCAAGCUGCUUGGAAAGCCUGGGACCAUGCCACAGGUUCAAGGGCGGGAGUGUUCUCAUUUAAACACCAACCUACACUACUGUUUAGUAUUUUUCUUUACAUCAACUUUUCUUUCAGACCUACUUGGUAAAUUUUGUGGAUUUUGACUGGUAACACUGUAUCUGAGCAUUCACAAAUUUUUGAUGUUACAUAUAUUUUGUGUGCUUAGUUGCUCAGUUAUGUCCGACCCUUCGUGAGUCCAUGGACUGUAGCCCACCAGGCUCCUCUGUCCAUGGGGAUUCUCCAGGCAAGAAUACUGGGGUGGGUAGCCUUUCCCUUCUCCACGAGAUCUUCCCAACCCAGGGAUCGAACCCAGGUCUCCUGCACUGCAGGCUGAUUCUUUACCCUCUGAGGCACCGGGGAAGCCCAUAUUUUUAUAUCAGUAUCUAUAUGAUAUAUAUAUAUAUUCUCUAUAUAUUUUACAUAUAUUAUACAUAUAUAUCAAUAUCUAUAUGAGCAAUGAAACUUAUAUUUUAGUAGCCUUUAAACCUGAAAAUACAAAACUAUUCUAAGCAGCUACAAAGAUAAAGACAAGAUUAUGCAAACCAUUCAUCCUGUAUCUCCCCAAACUGCCUGGCACACCUACAUGCACCAAAGUUUCACACACACAUUCCUGGAGGUGCAGACAGAAAAGACACUCCCUCUUUCCCCAUCCCCUGUUAACAGACCCUGUCCACUUCCCAGACUGGGCGGUCUCAGCUCUGGACCCUCCUGCCUCCCCACCCAGGUGUCGGGCUGUUCCUGCCUUGGCAGUCAUGGGAAGGGCUGCCCCGCCCUCACCCUGGGUUGCAAGCAGCCAAUGCGUGUCUCUGUCCAAAUCUCCCUUUAUAAGGCCACCAGUCACCCUCAUGACUUCACUUGAGGAUGUCUGUAAGCCUGCAAAUAGUGUCGUGCUUAGAGGUUCUUAGGGUUAGGACCUUAACCCUUGAGAGUGGGGGGAUACAUCCUGGCCAAAACACGCUUCAGCUGUCUGAAGGCAGAGCUCUGACCUGUGUUCAGAGGGCCUCCUGUGGCAACACGGACGGCCUGGUGCAAGAGUCUCUGGGCAGCCCUGCUGGAUGCCAGCAGAGUCCUGGCACAGCUCUGAGCUGCACCGAUGUGCUCGUGACGUGACGAUAGGCUUGUUCCAAAGAUGUGCAGACUCCCCUUUCCUCUGCAGCUCUCUGAACCCCAGGGGAGACUUCUGAAGCAGGGGGUAGGGGGGGAGUGGGAGCUGCUGAAAACAGGGAAAUGCGUGCCUGACUAUAUAGCUUUCCACAGGCAAAAAUAAUCUUUUGCUGUUUUUCCACUGGUCUUUUGUAAAAGUUUAUGUGGGUUUUUUUGGCAUCCUCUCCCCACUGCCUUUUUAAAAAAGACUGAGUUUCCUUGUUGGAAAGAAAAUCUGAAACUUUUAAGUACCAUCUUAUCCAUGUUUUCUGUUCUGAUGGAUCUGAUUCCUGCUGCUUGCUGCAGCUCCAGCCCAGUUCCCGGGAUACCAGUCCCCACUGGCCUCCUUGAGGCCACCAUGUCUUCCAGGCCCAGAGCUCAGGAAGCUCUUCUGAGAAGGUAGGGAUGACAGAGUCUGUAGCGACUACUCAGCACUCACCCACUAUGGCCACUUACUGUGGCUAUACCCGGCUGGCCAGGAUGAGGCAGUGGGUCAGCCUGGGCUCUGGGGAUCCAACUCAGACUGCCCGCCCCACUUCACUGUCUUUACGAUCAGCUUUACUGAGAUGUAACUGACAGGUAACACUGUGCAAGUUGACACAUGACACAUUUAUACAUUGGGAUAUGCUCUACGUGGCGUGGUCCAGGAACACCUGGACCCCUGACCACAACCCUCCGGACCCUGUGAGAUGAUCUCUCAUGUGACACAGUGUCACAGCGUGUCAGUCUCACUCCUGAGAGUUCAUGCCUCUGGCCAGCAUCUCCCCCUUCCUCACUUCCAGCCCCAGGUGACCACCACUCUGCACUUUCUCUAAACACUGGUCUCCAUGCUUACCCCUCUCUACAUUUUUGCAAGAGCUAUUUGCAACACACACCUUUACUUGAUGUCACUUAACCCACAAACAGCCUCAGUUCCUUUGGCUGCUUCAUCUUCGUGUCACUGUCCUGAAGCCCAUGAUCCAUCAGUAUUAUUUUUGCUUUAGAGACUCAGUAUCUUAACAGUGAUUAAAAAUAAGAAAAACAACGCCAUGUAUAUUUACCUUCAAGUCUAGAAAUCAUUUUCUGUGUGCAGACCCAGGUCUGUCCAAAGAGCUUCCUUCAGCACUUCUUGUGUGCAUCUGCAGGUGAUGAAUUUAUUCAGUUUGAAAGUCUCUUUCAUUUCUGAAAUUUCUUCUGGGUAGAUUCUGGGAAGCCAGUUUCUUCCUUUGAGCAUCUCAGAGACAUUGCUCCACUCUCUCCGGCUCCCAGUUUCUGAUGAGACAGCUGCUAGAAUUCCCACUUUUGUUUCUCUGCAUGCAAUGUGUGCCUAUAAAUUCUUCUGUUUUUUAGCAGUUUGAAAAUGUGUCCUGGAGUUUUCUGCUGUGAGUAGGUUUGUUAUUUAUUCUGCUUGGGGUUCUCUGAGAAAGCUUGCAUCUGCAAUUUUUUUUUUU